CAAAACACACCACAAUAACCAACUCCACAUACAUUAUCACUCUCACUCAAUCACCCGCCCAAAAUCCUCUCCCUUUCUCUCUCUUCAUCCUUCAAUGGAGCUCCGAUCUCACGACUUCAUUCUCCACUCAACAAUCCCCAAUCUCAAAACCCUAAUUCCAAUAUUCCGCGCUUCAACCACCCUUCUCCGGCGCCGGAUAACCGUCGCUUGCGUCCGAGCAUCGGCGGAAAAGGAAACUCCGGCGACGGCGUUGGAGCAGCCCGGUGGAAAAAUGGUGGCGGAACUCGUUGGAGCUUUCAAUCAGCUGACUGAAAGAAUGAACUAUAAUGUGUUAUCUACUAGCUCUUCUCGGAUUCUUUUUAAAGCUUUGAAGAUUUCAAUCCCAAUUUUGCAGACUCUUCCUUUGUCUCCUGAUGGUAGGUCACCUCUCUCUAAGGCGUUGACGGUUGCGGUUCUCCUUGCUGAUCUUCAGAUGGAUGCAGAGGUAAUUGCAGCCGGCAUACUAAGAGAAGUUUGGGAGGCUGGUGCAAUCUCUUUACAUGAAGUGAGAGAUAGGAUAGGUACUGGUACUGCUCAUUUACUGCAUGAAAGCCUGCGUGUGAAAAAGGCUCCAUUUGGAGCCGAGCUUCUGGAUGAUGAUAAUGCAGCUGCAAUAAGGAGGUUUUGUCUGACAUAUUAUGACAUCAGGGCUGUAGUUUUAGAUCUUGUCUUGAGGCUAGAUAUGAUGAGACAUCUAGAUUACCUUCCUAGAUAUCAGCAGAAGAUUAUUUGUCUUGAGGUCAUGAAAAUACACGCACCUUUAGCUCAUGCUGUGGGAACAUACUUCUUAUCGCUGGAGUUAGAGGAUUUAUCUUUCAGAUACUUGUUUCCUUCUUCUUACCUCUAUGUUGAUACAUGGUUGAAGAGGUAUGAGAAGGGUAGCAAGGAUUUAAUAGAGCUUUGUAGAGAUCACUUACUUGAAUCUUUGACUAUGGAUCCAUUGUUGCAGACGAUUGUUGAUAAUAUUUCAGUCAAAGGUCGAUAUAAAAGUCGUUAUAGCACCAUGAAGAAGCUUCUAAAAGAUGGCCGUAAGCCUGAGGAGGUAAAUGACGUCAUGGGCCUGAGAGUAGUGUUGAAGCCCAAGCCUGAUGUUGAUAUGACAGAAGUGGGAGACAAGGCAUGCUACAGGGCUCGAGAAAUUGUCCUUUCUUUAUGGAAAGAAAUGCCUAAUAGAACGAAAGACUAUAUAGCUAAACCAAAAGCUAAUGGAUACAGGAGCUUGCACAUGGCUGUUGAUGUGAGUGAUGAUGGUCAUGCAGUUCCGCUGAUGGAAGUACAGAUACGGACUACAGAGAUGGAUAUGUUAGCUUCUGGUGGAACAGCAUCCCAUUCCUUGUACAAAAGUGGGCUUACAGGUCCAGAAGAGGCAAAACGGCUCAAAGCCAUUAUGGUGGCUGCAGCAGAACUGGCUGCUUUGCGUCUUAAGGAUCUUCCAUCUGUGUACCAUAACUCAGAGAUUCAUCAGAAAGAUAGAGUGUUUUUCUUAUUAGACAAAAAUGGUGAUGGUAGGAUUAGCAUCGAGGAACUAAUGGAAGUGAUGGAAGAGCUUGGUGCCCAAAGGGAGGAUGCACAAGAGAUGAUGCAGCUUCUUGAUUCAAACAGUGAUGGUUCCCUGAGCUCUGAUGAAUUCGAGUCAUUCCAGAAGCAGGUUGACUUGAUGCGCAACAUUGAUGAUAGAGACGAACAAUAUAAAAUUAUGCUCGAGGAGAAGCUUCCCAUAGCUGAUGAAAGUGGCUUAAUUCAGAUUUACCGGAAAGAGCUCAGCAAUGGAGUUGCUGGCGUAAUUGGUUGCUAUGGCCACACUUCUUCUUGCGGCAAUUGGUAGCAUGAGGUGAGAGUCGAGCAUAACACUUGCGACAUACCUUCUUCUGAAGCUUGCAUCGGUAAGCUAAAGCUGCUAAGUGUGGUAGUACUAGUAAUGAAUAAGCAUAUAAGCCGCCACCACCAAGUCUUCAGGUAAGGUGAAUGGUCGAGCCACUCUUUAUGUUAUAAUGUGUCAGAGUGUACAUUUACUCUCCUCUUCCUUCACUUUGAAACUCAUUUUCAUCAAUGCCAUCUUCAAGUAGCUCUUUGUUACCAAAAAGAAGGCGUUGUUCGGGUUUUGGAACUCCUUCCUUUUCUUCAAUCUUUGACUUCAGGUCGUUUAUGGUGUUUUUUGGUUCGACGUCUAGGGUUAUGGUUGUCCCUGUUAAAGUUUGCACGAAGAUUUGCAUUUUAAAAAAAUGUCAAUCUUCUUCUUUUGAAUUUUUUUUGUAUUUGUUUUUUCUGGUUUUAGCUGCUUAUGAGUUUGUCAAAGUGACUUAAAUAGAGCAAGAGGAUCACAGUAUUUAUCACAUUUACAACCUAAACUUGGGGGCCAAGCGCCCAAGCUUGUAGGAAUGAAACAAUAUGUAAAAGGAUGGAUCAUCUA